UCCCAAGUCCCACACGACAUGAGUGAGACGACCCGCCGCCGCCGGGGCCGCCCUCUCCCUCCGCAGCCCUCCUCGCUCAUCCGUGCCUCCGCCGUCUGCAGGCGGUGGCGGAGCAUCACCACCGAUCCUAGAUUCCUCGGCCGCUUCCGCGCGCACCACCGCAAGCCGCCGCUCCUCGGCGCCUUCGAGUACAUCCAGGGCGACCUCGUCUUCACCUCCUUGCUCGACCGUCCCGACCGCAUCCCUCCCGGGCGCUUCGACCUGGGACGCUACAGCGACCACCGCGACUACGGCGUGCUCGGCUUCCGCCACGGACGCGUCCUCGUCUUAGACCAUGUGCGCAAGGACCUCGUCGUGUGCGCCCCCGUCACCGGCGAGCAGCGCCGCGUGGCCGUUCCGCCCGAGUUCAAGACGGUCCACCUCAACGGGGCCGUGCUCUGCGCUGCCGGCGACCCUGGCCACGUGCACGGUGAAUGCCACUCCAGCCCCUUCAAGGUGGCCUUGGUAUCCUUGUGCAGACAUGACUAUAGGCCCCUCGCCAGUGUUUACUCCUCAGAUACCGGGGCAUGGAGCAAUCUCGUCUCGACGGCGGCUCCAUGUCAACUGUUUGAUGCUGGUAUGGAUGGCUCACUCGUUGGUAAAGCACUUUACUGGUUGCUUACAACUAUGGAGGCUGGCAUUGUUGAGUUUGAUUUGGAAGAGCAGAGUCUAGUUGUGAUCAAGGGGCCACCCGUUACAGAUGAUUUCCCCGGUGGUGGUACCCAUCGAAUCAUCCAGGCUGAGGAUGGCGCUGUUGGCUUCGCCAUGAUGUCUUACCCACACUUCCAAACGUGGCAAAGGAACGUCGAUGCUCAUGGUGUUGCCACAUGGGUGCCAUGGAAGACCGUUGAUUUGCGUAACAUUUUCGGGCCCCGUCCUCAGAUUGGGAGAACCAGAAGGAUGGCGCGAUUAACACGAGGCUGGGACUAUGUCAAGGGGACGGGAGGUAUAAUGUGCUAUGUUGAGGAUACUGAUGUAAUUUUUAUACAUAUGGACGUCAGUGUCUACAUGAUUCAACUUAAUUCAAUGCAAUCCAAGAGUAUUCCUGGAAAGCGUUUUAGAAGUGCCUACCAUCCAUUCAUGAGUUUCUAUACACCAGGCACAGCCAUUGCUGGUGGAUAUAAUGAAGAUGGGGAUGGCUGACUGGUUUGAUGUGUGGAUGUGCUGAAAGGGUUCAACAUGUGAAGGAGCGGCUGCUGCAGUUCUCGCUGAGUUCAUCGCAUCACAUCAAUGUGUUCGACAAAAUUUAUAAAAUAUCUAAACAAACUUGCUGAAUGGUGCUAGUCUACCAAAGUUUCGAAUGUAACCGUGUUAAUAGAGGGGAUUUCAGCUUCCCCGGGUGAUAUGGUUGUGGUCAUGUCAAAUCUCUUUUUUUUUUGUUGACAAAAUGUAGCGAGUGCUACUUUUCAUUCAUUAAGAGAACUGGCAGAGCCAUACAGAGUGCAUGGGAGAUACUGGAACGGAGGGACUAUAAACAUAUGGGCAAACGACCAGAGCAACGAAAGUGAAAGAAACAAGAAGAAACAAGAAUGCAGAGAAUACAGUUCAGGGAGGCUCAUGGAUGAAGAAUGGGGCUAUAGCUCCGAUCUUGCCCUGAUGCCAACAUCUCAGUUCUUGCAGAAUCUUGUCUGCGAGCUGAGUCGCACCGAUGGCUUUGUUAAUUGUUAUCAAAUACACAGAGAGUUCCUCUCCUUCCAAAUCAUCCACCAGGCAUAGCCAUUGCUGGUGGAUCUAAUGGAGCUGAAAACGCUGCACAACACAUUGGAUGAUUAUCUAUUUUGAUGUGCUAAUGCUGAAAUGGGUCAACAUGACAGGUGAAGUAACGGGCUGGUGCAGUUCUAGCUGUUUCUGUCGCAUCGCAUCAAUAUGUUUGGCAGAAUUUAGAAGUUACCUACCCGAACUUACUGAAUGUGUGCUAAGUUUCUAAUGUACCAAGAUGCUUUUGAAAAACCUAAUUUUUGGUUGUAUCUCCCCGAGUAAUAUGGAAGUUGUAUUCCGUUGUA